GUUAAAUUUAAUAUUACAAUUGGAUUUAUUCUGUCAUGGUUUAAUCUGAUAAUGUCUGCAUUCGAGUUCCUCUUUCCCUAAUUCAGUAGUGAGGAUGUGAAAUCAGACUGCCGCAGACCGCGGAGGUCCUUGCAAUUAGCUGGCUAACAGCACAGCUGAGAAUUUCUCUCCAGAUAAAACAUUUCAGUCAACUUGAGGCCGGUCAACAAGCGGACUCCCUUCAUCCAUGAUCAGGUUGAGGGCGGUGGUGGUGUAGGAACUAGAAGCGCCUGCUGGUAGAUUGUAAACAGGCAGAAUACUGCAAACAUGAUGGACGUUAAGAUGUGCUUCCCACCAAGAUCUCCCGAUUUCAUAUUGGCCACAGAGGCCAAACAGCAUACAAGUGCAAUCCAAGCUGCUGCUUUGACCUUCAAUAGUAUGGAAGCUACUCCCGCCAAAGACCCCAGAACAGUGAGGAUGUCGGCUGAACUGGCAGGUUUAGGGGGCAGUUUGUACUUCUUAACCUCUCCUGGCCGCCUGGGAUCUCCAGAAACCUUUUGCACUGCCACUGCCAUUGCGGUCUGCACGUCCAGGGUUCUAGCACUUGUGUGUUAAUUGGAAAGUUGACGGACUACAAUACUU